AUGUCCUUUGGAUUAAAGAAUGCAGGUGUAACUUAUCAACGAGCUAGGGUAGCACUGUUUCAUGAUAUGAUACAUAAGGAGAUUGAGGUGUAUGUGGAUGACAUGGUAGCUAAGUCUACUGAAGAUGAAAGCCAUGUAGUAGUUCUUCAAAAAUUGUUCAAACAUUUGCGUAAAUACAAGCUAAGGUUAAACCCUAAUAUAUGCAUAUUUGGAGCCUCAUCUGGAAAAUUGUUAGGUUUCAUCGUCAGUAAGAAAGGUAUAGAGGUAGAUCUUGACAAGGUUAAAGCAAUUCGUGACAUGAGGCCGCCACAAAUAGAGAAAGAGGUUCACGGUCGAGUUUCUAAGUGGCAAGUAAUACUCUCGAAAUAUGAUGUGAAAUACAUAACUCGUAAGCCAAUUAAAGGAAGUAUCAUUGCAGAUUAUUUGGAAGCAAAUCCUAUGGAGGAGUACCAACUUGUAAAUUUUCAAUUCCCAGGAGAGGAUGUUCUUGUUGCAGAGGAAGAAGAACAAGGGGAGGAGAAAUGGAAGAUGUAUUUUGAUAGGGCAGUGAAUAUUUAUGGAAAUGGAUUAAGAGUAGUACUGGCAUUAAAGGAACUUGAUGUUUUUAGAGAUUCUGCCCUUGUUAUUUAUCAAGCAACUGUGACACUAGCUGUCAUGGUUAAGUUGGAUUGUGGAAUUCAUGUUCAACCAAUCAGGAUUGAGGCUAAAAUUAAUCCUGCAUAUUGCUUGAAUGUUGAAAAUGAAAUGAAAGCACAACUAUGGUUCCUUGAUAUAAAAGGUUACAUAAAAAGUGGAGAAUACCCUUUGGAAGCAAUGGAAAAUGACAAGAAGACUAUUCGACAUAUGGCAAUGAAUUUCUUCCUUAGUGGGGAUGUACUAUACAAAAGAACUUUUGAUGAUACACUGCUUCGAUGUGUUGACUCAGGGGACGCACGGAAAAUUUUAGAGGAAAUUUACGAAGGAAUAUGUGGAACUCAUGCUUAUGGCCAUACUAUGGCCAAACAAGUUCAAAGACAUGGUUAUUUUUGGCUAAUUAUAGAAACAGAUUGUAUUAAUAUGUUAAAAAGUGCCAUAAAUGGCAAAUUUAUGCUGAUCGAAUACAUGCCCCACCUCAACCGCUUCACAACCUUGUGGCCCCUGGCCUUUCUCUUUAUGGGGACUUGA